UCAAGCCUCAAAGUUAUCGAAUGCUGCAUGGGUCAAUGCUCAUGGCCGUGCGUUUGCAACUGGAGGGAAGAGACUUUGAUGGAAGAUGAGGUGAUCCAUGACUUGGACUCAUUCGAGUGCACCGACACGGUGGGUGGCCACUUGCGUUUCUUGAAACCCAAGUGCGACAUGGUGAUCACCGCUGUCCGUCGUGGACAGGCACAGGUGGUCCGACCGGACAGGCAGAUCAUCUUGAAAAAAGCGACAGCGAAUGAGAAAGCCUUUUAUGAGGCUGAGGAAUGUGCUUCAUUAGAAAGUUUUUUGCCGAUGUACUACGGUUGUGCUUUAGUCUGCACAGAGUUUGGCAACGAAGACUAUUUGGUGCUAGAGGAUGUCGCCCUUUCGAAUCCUGUACAAUGCGAUGUAAAGCUGGGCUUUGUUCAACGUGCUGCGCACCACAGUGAUGCGAAGUGGAAGUCGAUGCGUGUGAAGGCCGCUGCGACAACUUCUGCAAAGGUAGGCUUCAGGCAUUGUGGCCUGACCUACUGCGACUGGAAGAGUGGCAUACAGGUCAAAGAGGACAAAUAUGCUGGGCAACUGGUGCAAGCUGCUGACCUUGUGUCUGCCUUUGGGAAAUUCUUCAACCAAGAGCCCGGGCGGACAUGGCCUUUGCAGGGUGCUUUCAGAAAAUCUGUGCUCAAAUCAAUCUCAACCAUACAUGCUUUGGAAGGUGUCAUCGCCAGCCUUGAUGGGCUUCGCUUCUGGGGAGCCUCGCUGCUCUUCAUGCUUGAUGCCGAAGCAAUUUGGAACCAAGAUGCCGCGUGCAUCGAAGAAUCACUUAAAAUAAAAUUGAUUGACUUUGGCAACGCGGUAUUCAUCGGAGACGGGCCGGACAAAGAGGCGCUUUGCGCAUUGACCAAUCUGAAAUCGAUGCUUGCAGCGAUGCUUGAAAAGACAACAGAAGUGGAUCCUGCAUUCGAAGUUUGCAGGCCAGAUCUUUGUGUACAGGAUGCGGAGCAGUUGAAGUCAAUGGAGGGCGCAAGAAUGCUUGCUAGCCUGCUGUCACCGAUUCACGAGAAGUCGUAAGGUGGGCAUUCCAUUGGCUGUCAAACCCGCUUGUUUUCAGUGCCUAGAGCAAAAAA